AUGGCGGCGGCCGCGCCCAGGGACCCGGCUCAGCGGGGAGUUGUGACCUUUGAGGACAUUGCUGUGUACUUCUCCUGGGAGGAGUGGAGGCUCCUUGAUGAGGCUCAGAGAUGCCUGUACCACGAUGUGAUGCUGGAGAACUUUACACUUAUAUCCUCACUGGGUUGCUGCUGUGGAGCAGAGGAUACGGAGGCACCUUUUGAACAGAGCACUUCUAUAGGUGUGUCACAGACCAGGACGCCCAAGGCAGCUCUGUCUUCCCGGAAGACCCACCCCUGUGAGAUGUGUGGUCCAGUCUUGAGAGACAUUUUCCACUUGGCUGUGCACCAGGGAAAAGAAAACAACCAGAAACUGAUGAGGUGUGGGGCAUGUGCAAAACGAUUUUAUUUCAACAUAAACUCUCAGCAGCAGGAGCAGCACGUGGGAGAGAAACCGUUUAGAUGCAGUGUGGACAAGGCCUCUUUUGUGAAGAGCUGCAGAAUCCAUGAUUCAGGAAAGCCCUUUACCUGUGGAGAGGUUGAGAAGGACUUCCUGUCUAGCUUGGGGCAUCUGCAUCAAGAGGCCACACAUACUGGGGAGAAGCCACACACAAUCACCCAGUGCAGGGCAACUUUACAAAGCAGAAAAAGUCAUUACACCUGGGGAGAAUUCAAGAAAGCCUUUGGUCCCAAACACACACUUGUUCAGGACCACAUUCACACUGGAGAAAGGCCUUACGAGUGCAGUGAAUGUGGCAAGUCCUUUACUCGAAGAAAUAACCUCAUUAUACACCUAAGAGUUCACUCAGGUGAAAGACCUUAUGAGUGUAGUGAAUGUGGGAAAUCUUUUACCUUUAGCUCCAGCCUGCGUUACCACCACAGAGUUCACACUGGAGAAAGGCCUUAUGAGUGUAGUGAAUGUGGGAAGUCUUUUAACAAUAGGUGGACACUCAUUCGACACCGGAGAAUUCACACAGGAGAAAAGCCUUACGAAUGUAGUGAAUGUGGGAAAUCCUUUAUCCGAAGAAAUAACCUCAUUUUACAUCAGAGAGUUCACACAGGAGAAAGGCCUUACAAGUGUAGUGAAUGUGGGAAAUCUUUUAACAAUAGGUGGACGCUCAUUCAACACCAGAGAGUUCACACAGGAGAAAAACCAUAUGUGUGCAGUGAAUGUGGGAAAUCUUUUACCUGUAGCUCCACACUCUGUUACCACCAAAGAGUUCAUGAAGGUAAAAGGCCUUAUGAAUGCAAUGAAUGUGGGAAAUCUUUUACCUCCAGUUCCACUCUCCGUUAUCAUCAGAGAGUUCACACAGGAGAAAGGCCUUACAAGUGCAGUGAAUGUGGGAAAUCUUUUACUUUUAGUGCCAGCCUUCGUUAUCAUCACAGAGUUCACAGUGGAGAAAGGCCUUAUGAGUGUAGUGAAUGUGGAAAAUCUUUUAUCUCUAGCUCCAAACUACGUUAUCAUCAGAGAGUUCACACUGGAGAAAGGCCUUAUGAGUGCAGCGAAUGUGGAAAAUCCUUCAGGGAUAGUUCCCAAUUCAGUCAACACCGGAGAGGUCAUACUGGAGAAAGGCCUUACGAGUGUAGUGAAUGUGGGAAGUUUUUUACACGAAAAUCUACCCUCUCUCAACAUCAAAGAGUUCACACUAGAGAAAGGCCUUAGGUGUGCAGGGAAUGUGUAAUUUCCUAUUCACUGUUAACAACACUGGAGGGAACUCUGAGGAGCCAUCUGUCUGAACUGAAUCUCAGAUACCUAAACAUGCACGGUGGGAUAUCCCUUGGAAGUUUCAGUACUGUAGUAAGCUUGUGUAAAUAUGUUGCACUUUCUAAGCUGUCCAGGGCUCUUUCUAGAUUUAGCUCACUGCUAGAUUUGUGACCAAAGCCUUUUCACCUCUCCUGCCUGGCAGGUCCACAAAGUAUGCAUCCAUCACCUCCAC